CCCCGCUCUCCUCACAUUUUCCUAACUUCAUUGACCUGUUGCUUCAUGUUCAAUUUAUAACUGGCAAAUGAACAACAGCUUUCAUCGCCGAAUCAAUGCGCACUCCAACAUGUCGACCAUGACAUCACAAACCAGUUCCAACCAAACAAGAAAGCAUUCGCCAUCUCCGGGCCUCUGGCAGAUAGCAUGGGACAGUCUCGAUGACGAGGUGAAAGCGGGUGUCAGCCUCAAAGCGAACAGUCGCAGCAUUGCGGAUGCCAUCCUACAUAUGGCAAAUGAGAAGAAAGAUCUUUGUUUGCGGAAGCGAUGGAAGUUUCGAAAGUCCAGUGGAGAAGAAAUCAUUGUCAGGGAUGUGCUUGAGAAGGUUAUAAGCUGGGCGAAUAAGUUUAAAGCGGUGGGGGAUGUUGCGACUCAGUACGAUCCUAUCCAUAGCUCCUUACCUUGGGCGGCAGUCCGGUUUAUCCUACAGAUGGCAAUUGGCGAGAAGGAAGUUUUUGGAGAAACAGUCCAAGGGGUGGGAAUAAUCUCACAACUAAUUACGCGCACCUCAGCUCGUGAUGAACUUGAGGUGGCCCUCGUACAACUUUACAGUGAGGUGCUAAUUUACCUCGUCGAGGCGAAACGUUACUUCCAAACCAGCACGGCAAAGCGGAUACUGAAAAGUGCAUUUCAUGCCUCCGAGAACGGUCAGAUGAAGCAAAUCGAACUCCAAGAAAAACGGGUAGCAGACCUAAAAGCUCUAGCUGAUGCAGAGGACAUCAAGGCUACCGGGGAGAACGUCUCGGCCAUUCAGCUGCUCAUGGAGUCUUUGGAAGAACCCAUUCUUCGAGUGGCAGACCAGACAACCGUAAUCAUGAAGAGUCUGGAAAAGAGCCAACACUCCAGGUUGAUGCAGUGGUUAUCGUCGACGCCCUUCAUGGGGCAUCAUCUGAUUUACAGCAGGAAAAGAAUUCCUGGCUCCGGAAAAUGGUUCUUGAACCACCCACAAUACCAGAAGUGGAAGCUCAUGAGCUCCUCUUGCAUCCUCGUGCUUUAUGGAAAGCUCGGGACAAAACAGCUCAGUCGCAGCGCCCUUGGCGUAUUUCUAUUGCGCGAGGAGUACCUGGCCUUCGGUCGGGGUAGUGAAAGAAAAGUCCAUGAGAUUGUGGUUACGGACUACGAGCGACACGCACUGGACGAGAUCCAGGAGUCUCAGCAACAUGAGUUGAUACAAGCCCUCGAUGAGAUAGUCAAAAGAUCCGCAAGCGUUGUUAAAGCUUUGAUGACCUGCCGGGAUCAGUUUGUCAGGCUUACACCUGAUGGCCCAAUUUUGUGCGCCGUCAUGUCAGCGAGGCGAUUCAAAGCCGGAGGCUCCUUGGAGGCGAUGUCACGGAGGCUCUACGGGAAGACCUUAUUCACACAUUGGUUCCUAUGGGUGGUGCUACAGAUAAACAGUCUCUGUCAGAUGAGAUUAGAAGUUGAUGUGUGGGCGGCAAUGACCAAAUCACCCAGCAAGAACUUGGAGGAUCUUUAUGCAGCCGCAUUUGAGAAGAUCACUGAAAGCGGCCCUGGUGCCUAUACUACAGCCAUGCAGGUGUUUUCAUGGCUUCUAUGUCUCCAGGAACCUUUAUCACCGACCGCAUUUAUGACAGUUCUCACCAUGGCAGAUCCGGACAAUUCCAAGGAGCCCCCUCCGACUCUCUCGGGAGUAUUGGAUGUUUGUUUCAACUUGGUCACUCUUGAUUCUGAACUGAAUGUUCUUGGAUUCGCACAUUUCUCAGUCCAGGAGUUUCUGGAGGCAGGUGUCACCUUUUCCCCCACCGGCAACCACCGUUUGGUUGCAAUGGGCUGUCUUAACAUCUGUGCACAAUGCGCUCCCUCAGAUAUUGGUGCCUCUCUCAACGUCCAAGAAACCCCGUAUCAAUAUGCUGUGCUUUAUUUUGCAGAACAUACCAGACUCGCAAAUCUAGUGGAUAGCAGUGAUGGGCUCUUCCAGGCCUUGAAGGAAUUCGUUUUCUGCGACGGCGAGCCCAGUCUUGCAUUCAUCAACUGGGUUGAUGAAGUCAGGGAGCUUUCGAAGUCUUUGCGUCGUGAUCAUUCCCUGAAGUCCGCAAUGAACGCUUUUCCAAGUUCUGCAUCCCCAGCCUCAUUGAAGAGCUAA